UUUUACCGAGCGACCUGUCCGGAGUGGCUACAAACGUUCGCUCUUCUCGGGAGUGUGGGUACUCCGUCUCGACGAGCCACAUGUCGGGAGGUGAACGCGCGCAAAACAUUCGACCGAAAAUCUCUGUCGGGCAACGGUGCACCACGAUGACCAUAGUAGACGAGUCGAUCGAAAAGAAAAAGAAACCCAGCGUGUCUGCACCCUUCCCGCCGCCGCGAGUCAGCGAUCGCAUUGGUGAGAGGGGAGCGGAAAGGUGCAGAAAGUGUAGUUAACGUGAGGGAUCGGUGCAGCAUGGUAGGAGACCAAUAGCAGACCUCUGAACUGAUCACGUGCACAUUUCACCCAUAGGUGGCCGCGUACGUACGCAUGCGUAAAAUGACCAAAAUGGUGGUAAAAAGAGGACGGAAAAUGUCGACGGAGUAUGACGAGCGAGAUAGGUUAGUACGGAGACCUUGUACGGAGAGAGAGAUAGUACAUCUGCAAAGGGCUGCCAGUUGGGCAGGAACGGCUGGUGCGAAGGAAGGGGAAAUAUAUAUAUAUGGAGGACGAAAGAGAGAGAAAGAGAGAAAGAAAGAGAGACAAGAUACGACCGAAGUCGCAGGUCUAGCAGAGAGACCUAACCAAUACGCAACUUCUCAAGUGAUUUUCAGCUGUUACUGUAUCACCAGUAUCCAGCAGUAGCGAAGAUACACAGCUCCGGCAAAGUCUUCGACACGCAUCUGAGGGAAAAGGAAUCGAAACUCACGGUAGUGAUAGAGUAGCACCAGCUAAUGCCAGGCGCGGAUAGGUGGCGGGCAAGCGGGAACAAGAGAAAGAGAGAGGGAGAAAGAGAAAGACGCGUGAUACUCGCACACAAAGACACACCUCGAAUUACAGUCGCACACAUACACUUGAUAUAAACAUGAAGCAUACACAUCAUAUAUGUAAUGCGCACAUACGAGCAUACAGAAGGAAAGAGUGAGAGAGAUAAUCCGAGAGAGAAAGAAAGGGAGAGAGAAGAUAAAGCGAGUCGGAAAGCGAGGAGCAGGACGGAGAGAAAAAGAGAGAGAGAGAGAGAGAAACGACCAAGCGAGCGCUGUUACGAUAAAAGAGAAGUUUUUCGGUGAGCGUAUUCGGAGAGCGUAUUCGGAGAGAGCCGUUCAAUGGUCGUGGCAGCUAUGCGCCACGCUGCCGCCACAACUUCCACCUCCAUCAUUGCCGUUACCAGCGUAGUUGCCACCGAAGUCGUCGUUGUAGGCAUAGGGCAUCCUACUAGCUAGUUCCGACGGGUCAACAUCGUGACGGUAGGAUCGCAGUCAGUUCGCACACGAACUAGCACGAGCACGCUACGACGCGCGCGCGCGCGCGCGUCUCGGGCUUCGUCCCUAUCGUCGUCGUCGUCGUCGUCACCGUCUUAUCUCCGAAGAUGACCAUAAUAGUCUUUUUGAUCGACACAUCGUCCUCCAUGAAUCAGAGGGCUUAUUUGGGCGGACGGCCCACGCUCUUGGACGUAGCCAAGAGCGCCGUGGAGACCUUCGUAAAGGUUCGACAAAGAUCGCCAGAGAGUCGUGGAGAUCGUUACAUGCUGUUGACCUUCGAAGAUCCGCCUCAGAACAUCAAGGCAGGAUGGAAGGAGAACUUAGCAACCUUUAUGAAUGAAUUGAAGAACUUACAGUGCACUGGUUUAACAACACUUGGUGCUGCCUUAAAGCAUGCUUUGGAUGUGCUUAAUAUUAAUCGUAUGCAGACUGGUAUAGAUACAUAUGGCCAGGGACGAUGUCCAUUUUACUUGGAACCAUCAGUUAUAGUUGUUAUAACAGAUGGAGGAAAAUACACAACUAACAACGCAGUUAAUCAAGAUUUUACCUUACCUAUGCAUUCACCUAUACCUGGAUCUGAGUUGACCAAAGAGCCAUUUAGAUGGGAUCAGAGAUUGUUCUCUUUGGUGUUGCGAUUAUCGGGAACGCCGGCGGUCGAACGAGAUAUUGGUCUAGUGGCAAGCGAUGCAUCGCCAAUAGAUGCCAUGUGUGAAGUGACUGGAGGUCGUUCGUAUUGUAUUACAUCAUUCAGAAUGAUGAUACAAUGCAUAGACUCUCUCGUGCAAAAGGUCCAGUCGGGCGUGGUGAUAAAUUUCGAGAAAAUCGGCCCAGAUCCGCCGCCAUUGACCAACGAGACGUCACACCAAGACGAAGAGGAGAACGAAGAGGAGAGUAACUCGGCGAACGGUCCCCGAACGCAGUAUCCCAGCGCGAUAGUGCCAGGCAACACGGCGUGGCACUCUUGCCGACGAUUGAUUUAUGUACCGCGUUCAGCGCAGAAAGGAUUCGCGGUCGGAUUCUGGCCGAUUCCCGAGAGUUUCUGGCCGGAUCUAAGUGCCAGUUCGUUGCCACCAAGAUCUGCGCAUCCUAACGUAAAAUUUACAUGCACCAGCCAGGAGCCGAUGGUGAUUGAGAAUCUACCUUUUGACAAGUACGAGUUGGAGCCGAGCCCGUUGACACAGUACAUACUAGCACGGAAGCAACCGACGAUCUGCUGGCAGGUCUUCGUUGCGAACUCCUACAAGUCGAGUGAAGUCGGCCAUCCAUUUGGCUAUCUGAAAGCCAGCACAAAUUUAACCUGCGUUAAUCUCUUUGUUAUGCCUUAUAACUAUCCCGUACUGCUACCCCUGUUGGAGGAUCUCUUCAAGAUUCACAGAUUGAAGCCGACCAACGAAUGGAGGGCGCAAUUCCAGAGUUACGUGAGAACUAUGCCCACUUAUUACGCCGCUUCGUUGAGAAGAGCGUUAACCAGGAUGGGCACACCUACGGCUUUAGCGCAGACAUUGAUACCGGAUAGUAUGGACAAUACUCUGUCGUACAGUGUCUUGAAUUAUCUGAAGCGUAUGAAGAAUCAAGCCAAGAUCGAGUUUGAUCGUCUCUGUAACGAGGUGAUUUCCAAGCAAGUUACAGCUUCAAAUCUUACAAAAAAUUUGUCCAGCUGUGGAACAAGCGCGGUGACGGAAGGAGUGCGAGUUAUACCGAGAACACCAUUAAAGAAAGAUUUAGUAUCUCAUCCGUUAUUGCAAGAUAAGUUCACUGGUUUGCGCGAUCAGUUGAACGAAUUCGGUGGUUUCGUAGUUGGUCUGGUUAGGAAUCAGCAACAGCAACGUGGUGCGCACAGUUACAGAAACGCCUUUGACGUCCCCAGAAAGACUCUCCUCGAUCAAGUAGUGAGAAUGCGCGCAAACUUUUUACAGCCCGGCUUGUUGCACACGAAAUUGCUUGACGACGAUUACGUACACUCCAUGCCUUUAGCUCAAAUGGGAAAUUAUCAAGAAUAUUUGAAACGCAUGACACCACCGUUGCGAGAGAUUGAGAGCGUUCCAGUCAGACAGCAUAUGUUCGGGAAUCCUUUUAAGAUCGACAAGAGAAUGAUGGUGGAUGAAGCGGACAUUGACAUCGUGGGCGCAACCUCGUCCACGUCCAAGGGUGGUCUUAAGCGCACCUUGUCGCAGUCAGAUAGCGGCCCGCCAUCCCCGAGGCCGCCACCUAACAAGAGAAAACCUGGGCCAAUACCGAAGGAUGUGGUCGUACGACGACCCUCGUACUCGCCUUCCAGCACGCCGCCGAGUUCACCGAUCCCGUGGAUGGAGGACACGAAAAGUCAAGCAUUAGCAGCAACAGCAGCAACGACAACGACGACAACGACGACGACGACGACGACGACAACGGCGGCUACGUCGGCGUCGGUUGUCGAUCCUAGCUCUUCGCCGAGUUCGAUCUGCACGAGCAACGUGACGGCGAGUCACGCGUCGCCGAGCCUCGUGUCAUCGAGUCAUGCGUCGCCGUGCUCUAACGCGCAGCCGACGGAGAAGCUGGUGAACGGGCUCGCGGAGAUGCCUACGAUACCUUUAUUCGAGCCGGUAGAACAUGUUAACAAUCACAUGGAUACACCGCCCGUUUUAACGCCUAUCGUCAAUAAUGUGAAUACAAAGAGUGAUGUUAAAAGUGAAAAAACAGACGGGGUGAAAGGCGAAUGCGACCGGUUGCAGCCCGUUAACGAUUGCGUCGUGAAUAAACUAGAGAACAGUGUGAAAGUAGGUGAUAGUGCCCCCUCCGAGGAGAGACUAACGAACCACGUGGAGGAGAAACCAAGGCCUGAGAAAGAGCGAAAGCUGACGAAGAAGGAGUUGGAGGAGAUUAGGCGACAUAAUCUGGACAUACGAAAGCUCAUCUUCAAGGAGGUUCGACGAAAGGGCUAUGAUUACACGGAACUGUUUUCACAUUUAAAACAAAUUCAGGGAACCUUAGACACUCGACUCGAAUUCAUUAACCUUGUAGUGACCGAGGCAAUGCGUUUCAAGCGAAGUCACCUGGCAUCGAAAUUAAAGGAAUACCUCAAAAGUAUCCAGGAAAAUACCUGCGCGAUGAAUCACAAGUUGAAUCACAACGGUGCCACGAAAAUAAGUUGUUGAGAUACAUACGCCUUCUUUAUUUAUAUUAACGCUAUUAUCUUAAUAGCGCAAAAUAUUAAUUAUCGUGCGAGAGACGAAGAACUCUUGUGCAAGUUUUCACAAAGUUCGGCAGCGGUCUGAAUUUUACAAUAAGCUUACUUUUUUUAUACUGGGAAGACCUGCACAACCCUGAUCACAUAGUCCUUCGCCGAAUUUCUACGGCACAAUACUGGGAAAAUUUUUACUUUCCGCGCUGCAAGUGACUAGUUAAUAGAAGUUUCGAUGUAUAUCGUAUCGUAUCUUUCUCUUUUCUCUCUCUCGAAAAAGCAAUAAUUUAUUUCGUAGAAUUUAUUAAUUGAAAUUAGCAGAAAUAACUUUUUAUGGAAUCCUGUCUCUUAUACAUGCAGAAUUCUUUUAUAUUUCUUAAUAAUUAUUUGCAUAAAAUUCUUAUCCGUGCUCAAACGCAUUGAUUGUAAAUAUGUUCACAUUUGUUUAUUAAUAUGUUCAUAUUUGUUUAUUAAUAUUGUUUUCCGUGUAAUUUAGACGGAAUCAUAAGUUCAGCUGUUCCAUUACUAGCACACGCCAAAGGCGGAAUUAUAGAUAUAUAAUUCCAUUACCACGAAAAAAGAAACAAAAAAUAUAUGACCAUAUCCUCGAAACGGACGAAAAGAGAAAGAUACGACUUCUGCCAACUUCAUCGAAGCCAGUCUUCAUCAAUCGAUAUUAUUGAAUUUAGUAUAGUUUAUGGAAAUUGUAUUGAUAUUUUUACUCCUAUAUUUGUCAUUAUAUUUCUAUUGAACAGUAUACGUCACUUUGUGAUCUAUGCUAAGUUUAAGGAAAUGCCAAUAUAUUUAACAUUGUAUCGACAAAUUUUCGCUGCAAAUUACAUUUGUGUGAACUUCGUUGACGAAGCUAUAUUAUUCUUUUUAUUUUUACCAGUGGACAUUGAGUGAGAUCCACCGAGUGUUAUCGCUCGUUCGCAACCUCACCGCGAGUAGCUGAAACAUAUCGAGAGAUCAGAUCGUGGGAGAUCCGUGCUCUCGCGCGUUAAUUCGCUCACUCGGAAUUUCCUCUGCGUGAAAGGUUGCGCUUAAACCGUCACACUCACGAGAAUCCGUGUGCCGUAGAUAUAUAAUUACACCGACGUUAUUAAUGCUUAAACAAGAAUAAAAAGAAAAGAACUCGAGACACCGAGAGCGUGAACUCUCGGGAGAUUAUUUCGCGGAAUUCUCUACAAAGGGUUGACAGUGCCUGAUGCUAUUUGAAAUCAGUGUGAUGAUGACUAUACUAAUGAAUGUAUUAACUUCAACCCACAAUGUCUCCGAGGUCUUUAAUAAGCCAUUAAUAGGUCUAACGUCAUCGUGGUUGCAUGUAUUAUAUGUUAAGGCAGGGAAUGUAUUUGUGAAAAUGUUGCACAACGGUAUUGAUCGAAAUUCCGUUAUUAUACACAAAAUGGGAAAAUGUUCAUACAAGUGAAAAAAAAGAAGAGCAGCCAAUAUCACGAUACUUUUGUAUAUGGGACACGGUGCAAAAAUAAUCGCAUAUGAUUGUUGUAACAAUAUAUUAUAAUAUAUUAUUGCUGUUUGAAUCGAAGAUGAAGGUGACCAAAAGUCCACUGUAAUGUCACGAUAUGAAAUCGCGAACAAAUAUAUGACAGAAUCCAAAAACUUUACUAUGUAUCUUAUAACUACAUUUGAAAUCUGAGCACUUGCACUCUGCGUUUGAUCCUCGAAUCUUUAGCGCGCGGGUAAUUUAUGGCAAUCCGAUGGCAGAAGUCGCUUCUCUUCGAUACAUGUGGGUUGAAGGAAGAUAGAAUACAACACGUUAUGAUAUAAUAUAUGUUAAUAGUGAUAGUUAUUUAUACGAUUAAUACUGCUAGACAGUUACGAAUGUCAAAAUUGCUUAUUGUGGUUUCUCAGACUUAGGAGUGGUUCGACCAAAUAUUAUAGGGCUAAUGACGAUUAAACGAGGAUGAUUAUCUUACUUAUCGUUCUCGCCUGUGAUUUUAACGCUGUGUUUACGCAGCGGUGAACCACGUCCGAUGUGUGUUCCUGAUAAGCCAUCACGUCAGUAAAAAAAGAAGAAAAAAAAAGCGCGUUGGCUGUUCACGAGCCACGUCGGACGUAACUUGUAUUAUCCUAUACUUUACAAAGUAUUGUUGCGAUGAUACUUUAUCAUUGUAAGUAUGAAUGAUUGUAAUUCUGCUCUUUGAAUGUACUCUUUAAGUAGUUCUUUAAGAUUGUAAAUAUAGUCCUGAAAUAAAAAAUAUAGGAAGGAAGGAUGACAGAAGCCAAUUGUUGAUCUAACUUGCAUACUUUAUAAUACACCUGUGUACAAAGGUACAAAUUAUUGUAAUUUGUAACUUCAGUUGAGAAUGACCAUACACAACACACGGUCAAGACGUUCUGAUAUUAAGAUAUAAUCUGUACCUGCGUAUGUAGUAUAUUAUAAAUGUAUACAGUAAUUACAGCUACAGUUGGCUCUUAUCUUCCCUUUAUCUAUAUUUUUAGUUUAUUAUUUAAAUUUCCCUUGACGGAAGAGAAAUGUUUGAGACGCGAAAACUUGGCGAAAUGACAAAUUCGUAGACAUAUCAUCGGGCAUUGUUAUAUCAUUGCUGCGAGAGCGAUGUAAUUUUGCAUAAAGUCCGUGGAAAACAACGUAAUCUCGCGAGGAGAACAACGAGAAGCGUUCUUCCUCGGACUUUGUCAGCUUUUGUUAACGUUUCAAGUGAGAUAAUCAACCAUGUGUUCUUCUCGCGGACGAUAACAGGUCCGACAUAUUCUCUUUAGGGAAAAAAGAAACGUAGAUGAUAUUGUAUUUAUUAGUUGAGAAAAACAACUGUUGAAUAUAUCUCGUGGAUUAUUUUAUAUUGGAGUAACGACGGAGCUUAGCCGAGUCUCACGAGGACAAUGACGCUAGACGCUUAUUCGCUCCGGAAACAGAGAAAAAAAUUAAAUAGGAAUUUAAAGAACGAAACAAACGCGACACUAAGUGCGAUUGUGUAAAGGAAAUUUAAACAGAUAUAAUUAAUUAAGGAGAAUGCGCGAGAGAGGAGUAGGAGAAUGAAGUUCCGACUACCUCGAUCGCGACGAAACCCCUUUUGUUUUGCAGCAGCUAUAAUUUUAUUAUACUUUGUUAAAAAAUACGAUAUUGAAUUUUUGUAACGAGCUGAAAAGAAAAGAACUCUGAAAUGA